UUCACAUUCUUGUUUUCCAUUUCUCUCUGCUUUCCUCGAAUCUCUCUCCUUAGACUUCGUCGUCUUCCCUUUAUUCUUCGUUGCACUUGUCAACUUUCCUCAUUUUCUUCCCUUCUUCUCACAAAACCUACCAAGACCAAGGUUCCAUUCAAAAUAGAAACCAUCAAGAAUCCAGCAUUUUAUGUGAUUGCUUUACAUGACAAAGUGGUUCAGACAAAAAUGAAGAAGUGGUUGGGAGGUCUAUUACUAGGGUCCUUUCUUGUGCUGCUGAUAUUGAGAUAUGAUGUGAUGAUCAAAAACUCUUUUGGGAAGAAUUCCCUUCAACGUAGUAUGACCGUAAACUUGACUGAUCCUCCUCUUAAAUGGAUUCAACCUACUAUUGCUCCAGCAGUUCAAAAUUCAGAAGCUGUUAGUCAAGUAGUUUUCGCUGACAGGUUUGUGUCUGGAAUCUUUCUUGAGAGGAAUUUCUCUCAUGAAAUUCAAGCUUCUUUAUUGACAUCGAAUCAGAUGAAGCAUAUUGUUAAUCAUACUAAAGGCUUACCUAAUGCGCUAGAGGCUGUUAGAGAAGCUCGGGUUGCAUGGGAAAAUCUUUUGGAUACCGUUGCAAAGAAGCAACAAAGUGAGGGUAAUGAAAGUUCACUUGAGAAUGUAAAAGAGAAACAAUGUCCCUAUUUCCUGAAUAAUAUGAAUUCUGCCAAUAUUGGCCAUGGAGAUUACAAACUAAGAAUUCCAUGUGGCCUUAUUCAAGGCUCUGCAAUCACUAUAAUUGGCAUUCCAGAUGGUCUUUUGGGAAACUUCCGAAUUGAUUUAAAAGGAGAAGAAAUUCGAGGGAAGCCAGAUCCUCCUACUAUUUUGCAUUACAAUGUUCGCCUCCAAGGUGAUAAGGUUACUCAGGAUCCUGUAAUUGUCCAAAACACAUGGACUGCUGAUCGUGGUUGGGGUGAAGAAGAGCGGUGCCCGUCUGCAGGUGAAGGAAAUAAAAAGAAAGUGGAUGAUUUGAAACAAUGCAGUGAUAAGGUGGGUAAAGUUGAUAGCCGGAGGUUUGCAACCAAUGAAUCUUCAGUCAUUUCUCUAUGGCCAUCAACGGCAGAAAACAAAACUAGAAGCAAGCAAUACUUUCCAUUUAAGCUGGGGUAUUUGUCUGUUAUGACACUUAGGGUUGGAGAAGAAGGAUUUCAGAUGACUGUUGAUGGAAAGCAUAUAACAUCAUUGGCUUACCGUGAAGGUCUGGAGCCAUGGCUUGUCACUGAAGUGAGGAUAUCUGGAGAUAUAAAGUUGACUUCUGUCCUGGCUAGUGGUUUACCCACAUCUGAGGAUCUAGAGCACAUUAAUGAUUUGGACUCCCUGAGAGCGGUUCCUCUCCUACCAAACCAGCCAUUAGACCUCUUUAUUGGAGUCUUUUCUACAGCAAACAACUUCAAGCGUAGGAUGGCUGUUCGCAGAACAUGGAUGCAGUACCCUGCUGUGAAGUCAGGAGCUGUUGCAGUACGCUUUUUUGUUGGUUUGCAUAAAAACCAGAUAGUGAAUGAGGAACUCUGGAGUGAGAUAAAGACAUAUGGAGACGUUCAGCUGAUGCCUUUUGUUGACUACUAUGGUCUUAUCACUUGGAAGACUGUAGCAAUCUGCAUUUUUGGGACAGAGACUGCUUCAGCCAAAUAUAUCAUGAAGACAGACGAUGAUGCCUUUGUUCGUGUGGAUGAAGUGUUAGCUUUUUUAAAUAAGGGAAAUGUAAGCCAUGGAUUGCUUUAUGGUCUUAUAAAGUAUGAUGCUCAGCCUCAUCGGAACACUGACAGUAAAUGGUAUAUCAGCCCUGAGGAGUAUCCUGGAAGUACUUACCCUCCUUGGGCACAUGGCCCUGGUUAUGUGGUAUCGCAUGACAUAGCUAAGGCAGUCUAUGUAAUGCACAAAGAAGGUCGUUUGCAUAUGUUUAAGCUAGAGGAUGUAGCAAUGGGAAUCUGGAUAGCAGAGAUGAAAAGGGAAGGGUUGAAGGUCUAUUAUAUAAAUGAAGAGCGGGUCUACAAUGAAGGGUGCAAGGAUGGUUAUGUUGUUGCUCACUACCAAAGCCCCAGAGAGCUGCUUUGCCUAUGGCAAAAGUUGGAAGAAGAGAGUGUGGCUAAAUGCUGUGCUUGAUAAGCUAAUAACUCUUUAAAUUAGUAAAGCACAAGAAAAGAUUUUUUUGUUCUUCUUUAUACAUUCUUAACUAGAUUUUAGAUGAAAUAUGACAUGUAGAAAUCCUUGGGACCUAGUUAAGAAGUAGGAUCCAAGUUCCCCCAUAGUCACAGUACUUCUUGCUAGGAAUCUAGUUUUGCAUUUUUGGGAUCCAUCCAAGAUGCUUCUGGAGGAACCGGCAGAGAGAUUGUACAGCAGGAUUGACAGAUAACAAAAGUGUCCUGAAUGAUACUAGUAUAUAGUCAUUGUUUUAUUCUUUGGUUUAAAUUAUGCACUUUUUUCCU